AAUUUCCCAUCGAAGAAAAAGUAAAAUAUUCUCUGAAUCUAACUUGUAUUAAUGGGUAAUGCAUCUAGUGCUGUUACUGCUGGUAUUAAAAAUCAAGUUAAUGCUUCGAACAAUGCUAUUAAUAAAUUGGCUGAUAUGAGUGGGCGUGGAUUUUUAGCGGAUCUGGCGAUGGAUGCUGUUAGAACUGGAAACCAUGAAGAAUUGGAUAAACAAAUAUUAGAGAAAGUUCAACCAAUGCUCUAUAACAACGGCCAGGGAGAAAUGAUUCCUCUUUCUGAUUUAAUUGCACAAAGACACAAGGAACGUACUGGAAACACAUUUGCAGUUCCAGUUCCAUCGACUGAAUGUAGAUUCAUUUGCUGGAAAUUGAAUUCUCGUGGAGCUGUUGGUGAAACACUUUUACAUACUUGUUUCUUAGCUGGUCUACCGAAUCAUAUGAAACUGCUUGCCGAACGAUUGAUUGCCAUUUUUCCGAAAAUAAUCAACGAUUUCUAUUUGAGUGAUGAAUACUACGGAGAGACUGUUUUGCAUAUGGGGAUAGUAUCAGAAAACGCAGAGUUUGUAAGAUAUCUGUUGAAAAGUGGAGCAGAUGUUCAUGCAAGAUGCUCGGGAAACUUCUUUACAUGCGAUGAUCAAAAAGGUUCGAGAACUGAUCAUCCUGAGGUGGAACAUGCAAUUAUUAGUAAACAUACAAAGUAUCCAGGCCACAUUUAUUGGGGCGAAUAUCCACUUUCAUUUGCCGCGUGUCUCAGUCAACCGGAAUGCAUUCGAAUGUUAGUUGCUCAUGGAGCAGAUGUAAAUGCAGCUGAUACAAAUGGAAAUACCAUUUUGCAUAUAUGUACAAUACAUGAGAACUAUGAAAUGUUUAAAAUGGCGUUAUCAUUGGGAGCAGAUCUUCAUAUUCAAAAUCGACAAAACUUAACUCCACUAACUCUAGCUGCAUUUUUAGCCAAGAAAGAGAUGAUGCAAAGAAUUGUCGAAGAAGAAAGAACUGUCAAUUGGACAUAUGGAAGAACUCAGUCAGCAGCUUAUCCUCUUGAGCACGUUGAUUCAAUUGAGCCAACUAGUGGUAGUAUCAAUCAGAAAUCCGUUUUAACAAUUGCAGUUUAUGGAGAGAAAGUCGAGCAUUUAUCGUUAUUACCUCAUCUUUUGGAACAACUGGUACAUCACAAGUGGAUAGCAUAUGGAAGAAAAACCCUAUUCGCUCAACUUUCCAUGUUCUGUAUCUACUUUAUCUGUGUCACCUCUUGUUUUCUGCUUCGACCAAGUCCGUUCGAACGUCAACAACAUAUUGCAAAUGAUUUGAUUUGUUUCUAUGAUUUCAAAACAAGAAGAUUCAACGAAUCAGCUGUCUCGACAAUAAUUUAUCAUCUUCUCCAUUUAAUUUGCGUUACGGGGGCAACACUCUAUUUAGUGCAAGCUCUUCUUCAUAUUAAAAAUGUUGGAUAUCAUUUAUAUGUACUCGGACUUUCUGGAUUUCCAGCCAAAGCUAUUUUCCUAUUUUCCUGUAUUCUAAUGGUCAUCACAUUUUUUCUGAGAAUAUUUUGUUUGGAUGAAGCCGAGGAUAUUGUUUGGAUAGUGAUUGUUUUAUUAACUUCAUUGAAAUUUCUGUUCUUUUGUAGAGGAUUUAAGUCAGUUGGACCAUUCGUCUUGAUGCUCUAUAAAAUUAUAAUUCGUGAUUUAAUGAGAUUCUUCUUGAUCUAUUUGGUCAUUGUAGUUGGCUUCUCUCAAGCAUUUUAUGUCAUAUUCCUCGGUUAUAAGAGAAGUGAUUCUGGAAAUCGUGAACCAAGCAUUAUGAGUAACGUUGCGGAAAGCUACGUACGGAUGUUUAUCAUGUCACUCACAGAGUUUACUGUAUUUUUUGAGCAAUUGGAAGAAUGUGAGCAUACCGUUAUUGGAAAGAUAACAUUCGUAGUCUAUAUGCUUCUCGUAACACUUUUGCUCAUUAACAUGCUUAUUGCUAUGAUGACUAAUACUUAUACAGAAGUCUCUGGAAAUUCAUUAGAGUGGCUUCGACAAUGGUCUGCAAUUAUUCUAAUGAUGGAACAAAGUUUUGAUCCAGCAACCAGGUUACGGUAUCAAAGAAGAUAUGGAAUACGUUUUGAUGGAGGUGAAAAACUAGUUUUAUUGUUAAAAGAUAAAAUGACAGAGGAAGAAUUCGAGUGCCAGCGGAAGAAAAUGCACGAAGAGCGUCGUAAAUUCCGUGAGGAACUUCGCACAAACCAGAGAAGACGGCCAGUAUUUAUAUGCAAGCAAGGAGCAAAUUAUUUCAAAUCGAAGCAUCGACAUACUAAUAAUAAGUUGAUUAUUCCUACCGGCUAAUUUUUUUUACUGUUUCAUUCUCUUCCUAAAAUAAUUUGUCUAAUAAAUGUUGGAUCUUGUUAGUGAAA